AUGGGUACAUUUACUACUACACCGUUGAUAUUCUCAUGGUUCUCGGCUAACAUUGGUGGGAAAACAAAGCGACUUUGGGCCGCGGGUCUAAUCCUUGGAUUCGGAAAUAUCGGUGGUGCAAUUUCGGGUCAAAUCUAUCGAUCUAAUUAUCGUAUUGGUCAUUUGACAAAUGUUGCGUUCAUGUCGCUGACAUUGAUUUGUAUUCUAAUAUUACAUUUGUUAAUGAAACGUGAAAAUAGAAUACGUAUUAGGUUAACAUCAGAACAACAACAACCAGAAAUACAACCAAUGAGAGGACAAUUAGGCGAUAGGGAUCCAGGUUUCAAAUAUAUUUUAUGA